CUUUCGUCAGCGUGGAGGCGGUAUAUCGCACAGCCAAUGUGUCCGCAGCAGGAGAAGAAGAAGAGAUAGUGUGAAUAUGGCGGCAAAGGAAUCAUUAAACAGUCAGGCUGAAGUCGAAGAAGUGGUUAACCGCUGGAUAGUAGAUUAUUAUUCGUUUCGUUUACUCGAGUUGUUUGAAAACAAGCAGUACGCGGACUUCUGUUACAUCAGCGAUGUGCUUGCCAAAGUCAAACGACGUCCGUGUGAUCCCACUGACAGGAUGCUUACAAAGAUGCCUUUAUUGCGAUUUCUCUCCCUGAUCAAUGAUGGUGAAACUCUUGAUCAGUCAAAGUCUGACCAGUCACCAAGUCCUCUGGAAUCAGCCUUAGUUGUGCUGGAGAAAAUCAACCAGCAGCACAGUAUUCCACCGCGGGAUUUUAACAGCAUAUGCGCUUCAGUUAAAGAGAUGAUGGUGGUGAUUUUCAUUAAGAACAACAUGUUUGGCAAAGCAAAAGAGGUGUUGAACAAACACUUUCCCAAACCAAUGGUUGGCAAGAAAGCUAUAUUCACAGGAAUCAUCAGUCAGAGGAGUAAAACACAUAAAAUCAUUGAGCAAGUCGACUUUGAACAGUUUAAGGAGAAGAUGUUUGCCUUUUGCCAGAGCCUCUGGACAUUUGAUGUUCCCUUUCUCCAAAAGGCUGCAAUACAGCUUAGAAGACAAAGAAUGCUGGACCUAGAUGACAAGGCCACUGGACCCAAUCAGGAAGACGAAUCUGGUCCUUCCUCCAGUCCACAAAGAGACACUGACGAUGAAUGUUCCAGUAAACAUGCAGUUAUCACAAGGGCCAGGCUGGAGAUUGCCUUCAACAGUUUGGCUGGUUCAGAUGAGGGAACAUUUGCUCAGCUGGAGAAAGAAGUGCACGGAGAUCUUUUGCUACGUCUCUCACCUACUCCACCAAUGUGCACCGAACAGAACGCAGGGCAGGAUGGGUUAUUUCAGAGAGACUCAGGCAGCCCCAUGGAGGCUUCCCCAGCAGACCAACCACCUCAAAUGGAUGCUGUUCCUCAAACACAAGCAGGUUCAAUCUCAAAGUCAGCCCCAGUGCUGAGAAACAGGCGGCUUUACACUGUGGCACGACUCGUGGUCGAGCCAGACAGCCAGGGGAGCUCACAGUGUACAACAGCUUCUCUACAGGAAGUGGAGACUGAAAUCAGAACAGAAGAGCCACCACCAGCUAUAACUAAUAAAAAAGAACUGCAGAGCCAAGUAACACACAGUGAUUUUACCACACAUACACAGAAACGCAGCGCCUCAAGUAGCUUGGCAGAGUUGUCAGCAGACAAUGAGGAGGACCCCCCUGGCUCUGUGGACAAUGGAGAAACUCUUGUGAGAAAACUCUGUAACAAAUCCAAGAGAUCGCUCAGGAGGGAUCCAGGUAAUACAGAUGACGUCUGUAUCACAGAGUCUUCAUUGGACAGCUCACCGGAAAUGUUCUCUCAUCGCCCGGUCCCUCAAACGAGCUCCACCCCUGACAAGGACUCUGCUCAAGGCAAAGGGCCCUCUACAUCAAAAUGGAAACGGCUGUAUGAUGAUGCAAAGGAGAGUAAGGAUACAUGGAGUGAUGAAGACUCAUAUUUCACCUCCAGAAAGCAUAGAGCACACAAUGAGAGCAUCAGUUCAGAUUCAGGCAACAGAAGAAGGAAGUGGACGGAAAGCGAGACCCUGAAGUUGAAAGAAGGGGUCCAAAAAUUUGGAGAGGGCAACUGGAGUAAGAUCAAAGCAUAUUACUCCUUCAAGGAUCGAACAAACGUCAACCUGAAGGACAGGUGGAGAACUCUAAAAAAAUCAAAUGCUUAAGUCGAAAAUGUUGAGUUUAACUUUUUUGCCACCUCCACAUUGUUUCCUCAAAGGAAUUGUAGUUUUUGGACAUGUUUGCAUCACCACCUUGUUUUGACAACAAUUUGUUUCUCCUGUUUUCUGUGCGAAUCAUGUUUUAUAACACUGUACAGUUUUAAGUUCAUGACACUUUCUAGUUCAAUAAAUGUUCAUGGUUCAAA